AUGUUCGAGAGCUGCAUCUCACGCAUAUCGGCUGAAGCAGCACGUCAAAUCAACGAAGACCUCCUCAACAGUAAGCCGGGGUCUGAGUAUGCGAACACCACCGCCGUGUCGAGCACAAACAGUACGAACACCAUCACAGGGCUUCAUAAACAUCGACACAAUCCAGAGGGCGUCUUCUGCAUGACACCCGGAUGCAACAAAGGUGACCACGACCACGCACAUUGUUAUGGUAAGGGCGGAGGCAUGGAGGGACAAGCACCUUGGCAAAAGAAGAAACGGGAAGGUGUGGUUACUGCUGCUGCAGCAGUCACUCCACCACCACCCGUCUCCAUUCCAGCGCCUCGUGCACCUAUGGUCAUGACAGCUGUAGCUGCCGCUACCAACACCUCGUCCUACUACCCAGAUCACGACCUACAAUCAGUAAAGGUCCGGACAGCAAACCAUGGUCACCUCGAGACAUCAGGCCGUGUCGGCUGGAUGGUAAAGCAAGGCUGGGAGAUCUCUUUCCGAGGGGAUCCAGGUCACUCCCCGUACGGCACCAUUUCCCCUUACUGGACGAAGUCAUGCCUACCUUCCACAGGCCGUUGCGGACCAUCACACAAGGUUGCAGAAUUUGCGCACUCUACGCAUCGCAACAUACCGUCCGUCCAUGUCCUGUCUGUAUCUGUCAGUUCCUACUGUUGGCUAUUGCUAGAUCCAGUUGAGUUCACUCGCAAGACAGUCCUGUCGCGUCCUGCAUAUACCUGGUACCUUACCCAUUUUACCUGUUUACCUGUCCUGAUACCUGGUACCUUCCCUGUCUCGCAUACCUGGUACUCCCUAGACUUCGCAUCCACAUACUCUGCAUCCCCGCGCAUCCUCGUACCUCUACGCAUUCUCCCGCAAGCAGCCGUUCCGUCUUCAGCACAUCACUUCCCUACUCACUGUUCCCCUCGCUCAUACUUGAGGAACUGCUCUCAGAGCUAUCCCCUUGGGUCGACUACUAUUCUCGCACCCAGCAGGAUCAGUACGCUAUCACUAUAG